UCGAAUCACUACUCAACUAUAGCUAGAGCAUAAAGGUUAGAGAAACUUAUUGAAUUUCAGGCUGGAUUUUUUUUUUGUGGGUCAUUUUAGUGUUAGAUUGACCGUUACAUUGAACACAAAGCGUCUAGGCUCCAGGGCGCACCAAAUUCAGCAGCUCAUGAAUAUGAAUUAGAUGAAAGCUCUCGAAAACAAAAGUCCUACAUCCCCGUUUACUUUCACUCUCCAUUUGAAAAGAGGAGACUUGGCGACACAGAGGCUGUUGUUGGCUAUCUUGGCGCAUAUAUCUGUGAUUUCGUGAAUACUAGGUUUUCAACUUAUUCUUUGUAGUUAAACGAAGAUGGCACUGAGAAGUACGCUGGCACGCUUUCUCCGGUCAACACUGAACUCUUGUCAACAGAACCGGGCGCAGUCUGUGGCGAUAUUAGGUGCUCCAUUUUCCAAAGGACAGAAAAGGGGAGGCGUGGAACAUGGGCCCAAAGCUAUCAGAGAUGCUGGUCUUGUGGAAAGAUUGGCUAAUCAUAAAAACCCUGUUCAUGAUCUUGGAGACCUGAGUUUCCCCUACCUGGAGAAGGAUGACAGCUUUAUAAAUGUGACCUCCCCACGCACAGUCGGACGGGCCAAUCAGGUGGUGUCGGAGGCAGUGAGCAAGGCUGUAGAGGCUGGGCACACCACCAUCUUGCUUGGAGGAGAUCACAGCUUGGCUAUUGGCUCAGUGAAAGGUCAUGCCCAACAGCGUCCAGACCUUUGUUUGAUCUGGGUCGAUGCCCAUGCUGACAUCAACACACCUGAAACCUCGCCUUCUGGAAACCUUCAUGGCCAGCCUGUGGCUUUCAUGCUCACAGAGCUGAAAGACAAGAUACCAGACAUUCCUGGAUUCUCCUGGAUGAAGCCGUUUCUCACUGCCAAAGAUGUGGUCUACAUUGGCCUGAGAGACGUGGACCCUGGUGAGCAUGUCAUAUUGAAAGACUUGGGAAUACAGAGCUUCUCUAUGCGUGACAUUGACAAACUGGGGAUACAGAAAGUUAUGGAAGUUACCCUGGAUCAUCUCUUGGCAAGGAAGAAACGUCCCAUUCACCUGAGCUUUGACAUUGAUGCCUUUGAUCCUUCUCUGGCACCCGCCACUGGCACACCCGUUAAUGGGGGGCUGACCUACAGAGAGGGCAUCUACAUUACAGAGGAGAUCCAUAACACAGGCUUGCUGUCUGUGAUGGAUCUGGUUGAGGUGAACCCAAUGCUGGGAGCGAAUCCAGAGGCGGUAGAAGCCACGGCAAGCCUAGCGGUGGACGUCAUCACCUCGUCUCUGGGGCAGACGCGUGAAGGUGCACUGGCCAUCCUGCAGUAGACUCCCGAUGGCAGUGCAUAAAGACGAAAGAAACGAAAAACCACUUGGCAUUCCAAAAUAUAAAAGCACAGCCCUCAAAUAAUAAUAAUAAUAAUAAUAAUAAUAAUAAUAAUCAUUAAUAAGAAGAAGAAUUGCACGAUACCACAUAACUACAUACUACAAAUACUAUAUAAGAACAUGAUGUGAACUGUGAUGUAAAGAAAGGUGUUAUUAAUCUGUAUCGAUCAGGUCUUUGAAAGGGGGAAAGCGCUACCCUCUGAAAUAAAAAAAAGCGACAGCUGCCUAGAUUCAGAUGUAGCAUAAACCAAAAAGAUGCCAGUGCAUGCCAACCAUCUAAAGGUUGUCCAAUACCAUCACCAAUGUCAGUACCGUCCCCAAUACUGCCACUGAAAUAGUCUGUUAAUAUAGGCAAGAAAGAUUAUGAAAGAAACCAUUAUGUCAAAUUAUUUGAGAUGGCCAAAAAUGAGAGAAAGCAUAGUAGAACCACUUGCCAUGUAUUGAUAAACCAGUUGAUGGACUAAUUUAGAAGUCCGUGUCGAUGGAUAUUUAAGGUUGGCUCCUGCAAAGAGGUGUCAAGUUGGAUUUAGUAUCAGGUAAUCAAGCAAUCCUCCAAUGCAUCAACCUUCUGAAAAUAAGAGGAAAAAAUAAUUGUAUAUGUUUGUAUUUCCUUAGUUUGCUUAGAGUUUUUUUUGACUGUUGACUUUGUAUUGAAAAAUAUUUACAGUAGAAUGCUGACUGAAUGUCAUUUUAAAUAAGACUUUGCACUUUUGGACCAGACAUGGUUUCAUUGCAAUUGCUUCAGCAUUGCUUUCUUAAAAAAAAUCCUACUUUAAUAAUUGCUAACAUCUUACCAACUUGUCAGUGAAGGUGGAGGAUUAACAUUUUUCGAGACAAUAUCAUAUAUUUUCCUAACAGAACUAAGUGCAAAGCUGAGCUCUUUUAAUCUACUUUUAAUCCACUUCUCUUUAUAAUGACACAAACAUGGCAUAAUUUUCAGUCUCUCCAUCUGUGUCCGUUUACUGUUUUCAGUAAUGGUCCUUUUAAAGUUUUUGUCUUGCUUACUUUUUUUGCAAAACUAUUUUUGAUAUAAUAAAUUGUUUAAUGGAGGUGA